AUGGCCACUGCCGAAACCGUCGAUCUGGGCUCUGCUCAUCCUCCCAAGGAGGAUUCAAUCGUUGCCUUUGAGCAAGUACUGCCAGAGCUGAAGAAGACGCUGGUUCACCUCCGACACGACUACAACAAGCACGAACCAGAGUACUUUGCUGCGGUUGAAAACCUCUCAGACCACGACCUGGUUGGUUUCAGCGCCGAUAAUUUCGAGUCCGUCCGUGCUGCUACUUCAGCAUAUGGAAUCCAUCUCUUUGGAAAGCUUCGAAUCCCUGCCAUGUCUGACCCUUCAGGCCCAGCUUACGUUCAUUUCCGCAUCUUCAUUGGCGGUGGUGAUGAGCCUCCCAAGCUUCAUUGCAUUCACACUGAAGAGCGUGAUGAUCCCAGCGGUGGAAAGACGUACAAAGCCAUCUUCACAAAGGACGACGAGCUUGAGUGGUUUGAUACCUAAUUAGAAUAAUAAUGAGAAUUUUGUUUGCGAAUGGCAUAAUACUAUACCAAACAGUGUAUCUGCCCAUUUGCCUUUUUGACUCCUGAACCAAUGUGUGUCUAGUAUAGUCAUAUUUAUCAAAACACAUGCUCUGCUUCAUACCAUAUUCGGUCAACCUUCCUACAUGUCUUCCUCUCCAGCCAAGAGUUCCGCAUAAUCAUCGACUGAGGCAAACAUGGGGAGG